AUGGAUUACUUUGAAGAAAAGCCCAUCAAAAGUUUAAGUUUGUGACACAUAAUAAUCUCCGAGCCCAAAAAUCUUCAUAAUAGAAAUCUUGGCCCAUCUCCGAAUCACGAAAUGAAACGGGAGUGGGAGUGACAUUCACACUUUUCGCUUCGGAAAGGGGAAAAUGGUGCUAACAAAUUUCAGUGGAGGAGGUGUCGGUUUUGGUUUCGGAGUUGGCUGUGGUUUUGGAGUUGGGUGGGGAUUCGGAGGUGCACCCUUGAACCUCUUUGGACUUGGUGUAGGUGGUGGCUGCGGUGUCGGGUUGGGGCUCGGAUGGGGAUUUGGCGCGGCUUAUGGCAGUCGGUACUAUAGUCCUGGAUUAACAUUCCAAGGCGUCGAAUUUGCCAAUAAACCUAGUGAAGAAAAAGAUGCCAAAAACUUGUCAAAGAACAAGUAGAAAAAGUAGGGUUGUCACUGAAAUAUAUCUUUCUCAAUGAAAUGCCGAAAGCUUUUGUAGUUUGGAAAUAUAAUGAAUAGUUUGAUUUCUUAUGUCA